AUGCGAGUGAUGGCGGCCAACGAGGAUACACCACUGCUCCGACGCUUUUCCAUUCCGCCAGCCUUUACUCAACCUGGUUGCUACGAACAAAUGUCUGACAAGACGCAUAUUGAAGAGGGGUAUAAUGCGCCUGCGUGCACCUUCCCGUUUUCAAGAAUGGCCACCACGAAACAUGAAGACCCUUCACAUCCGCCGCGCAUGCCUCAGGCGAUAGCUCACCGCGGCUACAAAGCCAAGUUUCCGGAAAAUACCCUCGCCGCCUUUGCCGGUGCAAUCGAGGUCGGCGCACACGCAGUAGAGACAGACGUACACAUUACCAAAGAUGGCGUUGUAGUGUUGUCCCACGACAACACACUAAACCGCUGCUUUGGACGCCCGGAAAAGAUUAUCGACUGCGAUUGGAGUUUUAUCGCGCCGUUGCUGACAACCGAGGAGCCCAAACAACAUAUGCCACGACUUUCAGAUUUACUGCAUUUUCUGGCCACCGAGGAACGUAAAGAUGUUUGGGUAUUGCUGGAUGUUAAGCUGGACAAUAACCCCGAAGACAUUGUUCGUCUUAUUGCCAGCACAAUUGCUUCUGUGCCUGCAUUAUCAGAUCACCCUUGGUCGCAGAGAAUAGUUCUCGGUUGCUGGGCAGCAAAACACGUACCUCUGUGUCAACGUUAUCUACCUGGUGUCCCUUGCACACACAUAGGCUUCUCCCUCAGCUACGCCCGCCAGUUCCUCAACAUCCCAAACGUGGGUUUCAACAUGUUGUUACCCAUCCUCAUGGGCCCCGGCGGCAAAAAAUUCCUCCACGACGCAAAAACCGCAAAUAAACCUGUUCUCGCAUGGACGGUCAACGAGACCAAAAAAAUGAAAUGGUGUAUACAUAAACAACUGGAUGGUGUAAUCACCGACGACCCCAAGCUUUUCCUCGAGGUCUGCAACAAUUACGACGGCAGAGAAAAAGUCGCACUGGGUUGGAGGAUCUGGGUUGAUGUGCUCAGGAUAUGGAUUUUUGCGAGUGUGUUUGGCUUUUUGUACCGUAAUCGAUUUGCGGGCAGGACGAAGAGUCAGGUGCAAGUUGUUUGA